AUGGGUGUCGCCUUUUUCUUCUAUACGGUUAUCCUUCGGAUAAAUUUCUUCCCGUCGUUGAACUUGCUUGCUUUCGUUUUAAUGAUAGCUGUGGGUGCAGAUGACGCAUUCCUUUUACUGGUAUACUACAGAAGAUUCAGGAAGGCAAAGGAAGAACCAUAUCAUAUUGGAGAUCCAUAUGUACCGUUGUACAAGGAGCGCGACCGAAUGAUUCGAGCCAUUCGCAGUUCUCUACGUCACUCCCUAGCGUCCAUGUUUGUUACUUCAGCAACCACGGCUGUAGCGUUUAUUUCGAAUCUCAGCAGCGCAAUCAUCGUUCUAAGCUGUCCCGGUUCAUCUAUCGAUGUCGCUACAUUAUUCUUCUUUUGGGAAUCACUACAACAGCAAUCGCUUCUGCCAUUAGUGUUUAUUGCACCUGGACUGAAGAUGCCACGCUACAAUCCAACAAAGCUACUUACGAGCUCAAAUCCAUAUGAAUGGUUUGACAACAAUGAACAUUUGUUUGACUUCAACUGGAAACGAAAGUUUAAGUUUAUGGAGAAUUAUGUAAUAGGAGUGGAUGAGAAGUCUGGAAUUAGGUACGUUUUUUCUGGCUUUCGUGAUGGAAUUUGA